CUGGCGUCAUCACCGUGCGCCCGCAUGUGGGGCAGGUCAGACUCGGGUUAGCUGGAUACCGGGUGUCUUGUCAAAUGAAAUCCUCGCCGCUUUUCAGUAAUUUCUCUCCCGCGUGUCAUCUUUCUACAACAAGGACGAAUCUCGACGGACGCAAACGCCUGCAGACAUGUCGUACUGCAAACAGGAAGGUAAAGAUCGCAUCAUCUUUGUGACCAAAGAAGACCACGAGGCGCCCAGCAACGCUGAGCUGAUUGCAGAUGACCCGGACGAUCCCUACGAGGAGCAAGGUCUGAUCCUGCCAAAUGGGGACAUCAACUGGAACUGCCCGUGCCUGGGCGGGAUGGCCAGCGGACCAUGCGGCUCUCAGUUCAAAGAGGCGUUUUCCUGUUUCCACUACAGUAAAGAGGAAGUGAAGGGCUCAGAGUGCCUCGACAACUUCCGCAACAUGCAGGAGUGCAUGCAGAAGUAUCCCGAGCUUUAUCCUCAGGAGGAAGAUAAAGAAAGCUCCUCUCAAGCAGAGUCCGACUCUGCUUCUUCCUCUGCCUUAUCCCCUGAAAAUGACGCUACCCAAUCCACCUCAAACCCCUCACCUACAGACGGCAAGACUGCCAGCUAAUCAUUCAUCAGUGAGGCUUUUGUUCUCUGUGUGACCAGCGUUCAUGACUCUCCACAAGGAGCUCUGAUCAUCUCCUUUCCGGUUCCAGCCUAAGGAGAGAGGACGUAGACUGACACAGCUCUGACACACACAGGCAUGAUCUGUCAGGCAGGAGGACAUUGUAACUGCAGAACAACAUAGCAUAUGUACAAAAUUAAAGGCUACUUUUAUUAACUGAGCACUCACGACUCAUCAGAUGAUAUUAUUUAAUGACAGCAGGCCUAGCUAUUUGCUUCAGGGACAUUAGCUCAAAGACUCACGUUUAUAUGCAACAUGUAAAUUAAUUUGCUGUGUUUUUUCCAUGUCAGUCAGACAAAUCAUUCAUUGUUUGUCAGGAAAUAUUAAUUAGCACUGAUUUACCGACUGAAGUCUGAGCAGUAAUCACUAGAUUUAUUUUUUCCACAUUGACUAAUGUUCAGCUUUUCCUUGACUCCGCAUAGUUUUUUUUAGUUACACAGUUCAAUCACUUUACUUUCCAUCCAUCAUGUGUGUGAUCAAAUUAGCCCUGGACACAACGCCCAGACGAUAUGAGCCCCAAGUAAGAGGAAAGUACUUUCCUUACCAGCAGGUGGCAGUAGUCUGUAUUUAUCAUUUUAAAGGGGAAACAGGAAACAAGAAGGCCUAUUUGUUGGUGGCAUAGACAGAUUGCUCUGUUUUUUAUCCUGUCACUGUAAUCACACCAAUGUUGGCUCCAGAUGACAAUAUUGUUAAUGUUGUCAUCCAUCCAUCCCUCCAUCUUCUACCGCUUUAUCCUCCACAUGAGGGUUGUGUGAUAUAUAUGUACAUGUACAUAUACAUAUAUAGUGCCCCCUGGUAUCUUCUUGCUGACCUUUGGGGCGAUUUGUCAUGGGCUUAAGAAAGCAAGGCUGCUUCUGUUACUGUACCAUAUCUGUAGCGCUGCAACUAACAAUUAUUUUCAUAAUCGAUUAAUCGAUUGGUGUUCAGAAUAUCAGAAAACCUUAAAAAAUUAUCGAUCGGUGUUCGUCAAACCUGGAAAUGAUGUUCUCAAAUUUAUUGUUUUGUCCACAAACCAUGAUUGAUAAUGAUUUCUUUGUUAUCCAGAGCAAAGGAAUUAUGAAAAUAUUCACAUUUAAGAAGCUUAAACAAUCGGAAAUCUUGUUUUAAUCAUGAAAAAGCAUCAAACCGAUGAUUCGAUUAUCAAAAUAGUUGCAGGUUCAUUAAGUAAUCGAUUCUUCGAUUAAUCGUUUCAGCGCUACGUAUCUGCUAUAGACGUUACGUUGAUUUUUUAAAGGGAUAGUCCAGAUGUUUUAAGUUUGUCAGUAUGAUGUAUUGACACCAACGGUUGCGUGAGUGUGUCUGAGAGCCAGACACUCGCUCUCACUGACAUGGCUGCCACUCAACAAAAUAUACACCUGCUUAAGUCUAUGACGUCAUGACAAUAUGUAUACCACUUGUUUAUCUCUCUGUUAAACAGCCUUUUCUGGCUGGGUGAGACAGAUAAAAUCAGCAAUUUUCUAUGUCAUGCCACACAGGAGUUGUUGAUUCACUGCUGCCUGAAUGAGCACAUUCACACACACACGUGUUAUACUGUGAUUUCAGUGCUUGAAAACGUUGGUUCAGUUGUCCCCAAGUGACACAAACUUAAUAAAUGAGAGAGCAGGAUACCAGCAGCUCCUAUCCCGAGUCCCUGUCAACUAAAAAUGCAGUUUUUCUUAAUGGAAUUUGGUGCAGGAGAUUAUGAAGUUUACAAAUACACACUUUAAAAAACCUCAACUAUCCCUUUUUGAAGCUUGUUUCAGAAACAAUAUAUUAUUUUUUGAAAGCCACUUGAUUCCCAACAAAGAACAGGCAUCGAGCGUUUUACUUUUUUCAGAAUUAAUUUAUUGACGGCUGUCAGAACGUGAAGAGAAUUUCAUCAAAUGAGAUGGUGUUUUUGAAACGGACUACAGCUUUUACACAGAUGUUUUUGAAGUGAUUGUUGACGUCUUGUAGAAACUUCGGGGUCCUCGUCUGUUGCUGUGUGAACAAUGGUUGCCGUGGUUCACCGACACUGUAUCUGUCUAAGACCAAAGUGUUAAAUUGUUGCUGUCCCUCUUGUUUCAACACUGUUGUAAGUCUCCUCUUUGGAAGCUGUGGUCACCACUCGGUGUCAUUCAAGCCUUAAAAGACUCCAAGGUAUUUAUAAAAGAACAUGUCCAUGAUUAAAAUGAUAAUCAAACCA